AUGCUAUUUCAUUUUAGGUCUCUGUUCAAUGUUAGGCAUACAAAGAAGAUCAGCAAGCAUGUGGUACAAUGUAUUCGUUCUAGGCAUGGAGAACCUAUUACAACUCCCAGCUCACUGAAAGGCCGUGAUCUCCUAACCCUUCAAAAUUAUACAGCUGAAGAAAUCCAAUAUUUGCUUUGGGUGGCAGCGGAUUUAAAAGAAAGACUCAAAUGCAAAGGAGAGUAUUUGCCUUUGCUGCAAGGAAAAUCUUUGGCCAUGAUUUUUGAGAAAAGGAGCACAAGGACUAGACUAUCUACAGAGAUAGGAUUUGCUCUACUUGGAGGACAUCCUUGUUUUCUCACAGUUCAAGAUAUUCACCUGGGCAUCAACGAAAGCAUCACCGACACAGCACGGGUGUUGUCAACUAUGACAGAUGCGAUCCUGGCACGAGUGUAUAAACAUGAAGAUUUGGAGGCGUUGGCAGAAGAGGCCGCAAUCCCAGUGAUAAAUGGAUUGUCUGAUUCUGACCAUCCCAUCCAGAUUUUAGCAGAUUAUCUUACACUUCAGGAACACUAUGGGUGUCUAAAUGGAUUGACUCUCAGCUGGAUAGGUGAUGGAAAUAAUGUCCUGAACUCCAUUUUGCUGAGCGCUGCUAAAUUUGGGAUGAAUCUGCAUGUUGCUACUCCAAAGGGUUUUGAGCCAGAUCCCAUGGUUACCAAAAUAGCUGAAGAGUAUUCCGUAAAGUACCGCACCAAAUUGCUACUCACAAGUGAUCCUUUUGAAGCUGCCCAUGGAGCCAAUGUUUUAAUUACGGACACGUGGAUAAGCAUGGGGCAAGAAGAAGAAAAACAAAAGAGACUGAGGGCUUUCCAGGGUUAUCAGAUCACAAUGCAGACUGGGAAAGUGGCUGCUCCUGACUGGACUUUUUUACACUGCUUACCCAGAAAGCCAGAAGAAGUUGAUGACGAGGUGUUUUAUUCUCCGCAGUCAUUGGUUUUUCAAGAGGCUGAAAACAGGAAAUGGACAAUCAUGGCUGUCAUGGUUUCCUUGCUGACAGAUUAUUCACCACAGCUGCAAAAGCCUAUGUUUUGAUUUUGGAGUUACAGCCAAGAGAAAAUUCCUCUCCAGCAAAAUGGUGUGCUCCAUGAAAUCUCUCUUCUUCUCUCAAAAACAAGAUCAAAGCAAUGAUAAUUAUUUAACAAAAGUGUUGAAGUUCUUAUAUUUUCAC